UGUUGAGACAGGGCGACGUCGACCGUAGCUGUUUAUGCUCCACAAAGCCGCUGGUGAGAUUGGUCAUCACGAGAUGUGUCAACCUUUCCCAUUCCCACAUCCUCCAAGACCUUCCUACGCGUUGUCAAGUAUGCACUUCGCAAAUAGGCCUAAGUCUCCGGGCAUUCACUCCCAGCAACCUGAAAAAUCAGCCGUAGCGAUUUCGCAGCGAACAAAUGUACAGCGCGAGACGAAGCUGACCGCAUACAACCCAGCAGGGACCGUACCACCUCCCGCGAAUUCAUCCACCGUAACUCUCUUGCUCAGCAUACAUGGCGUUCAAAAACCAUGGAACUCCACCGUACGCUGCCGAUUCCAUUCCAAUUGGCCAUCAACUUCCAACGCAGGCAUUUCGUGAUCCCACAAUUGCAAUCGACGACAAGCGAGCAUGCAUACAUCCCAUUCGCAACUGGCAUUCAAUUAUGUCAUCCCCUCCCCUUACCGUCAUAUCCGCACCUUCUCGUCCUCCCCAACGCAUAACCGGCCCUUCGUCAC